AUGUCGAGUAGAGUCAGCGCCCACGGCUCGGUGGGCAUGCCCCGGAUCCAGGAUGUCCUACGUACACCCGAAGAUCUCGAAAAAAUCGCAAGUUUAAAGGCAGAAAUCAAUCGCAAAAAGGGGGAUGUGGAUGCCAGAUUAAGAGAAGGGCUGCAGGAUCACCUGGACACCACGCAAAAUGGCAUGUCAACCCUUUCCGAAGGGCAGAAACUGGUCGGACAAAUCAAGGAAGAGAUGAAGAGCAUCUAUGAUCUCUGCGAGCAGGCUCAGGCCAUCCGCAAGAACUUCCCUCAGUUGGACUAUCUCGCAAGAGUACACCGGAAUUUCGAGGCCACCCGUGCAAUGCAGGCAGGUCUGGACAGCUUCGAAAGAGAUUGCUCGUAUGUCCAGAGACUUCUAGAACAAGACGAGAGCGAUCUGUACAGACAGCCAAAUCUCCUGGAAGCCUACAUGCGCUUGACACGACUACGAGACUUUCGAGACGAAGCGUUGGAUCAGAUUCGGCGAGCAAAAGACUCGAGUCUGGAACAGACACUGCUCGAUUGGUUUCAACAGCUAGACAACAUCGUUGAACUCUUCGAUGAGCAUAUUGGAUUCAUUUGCAUGAACCUCAUCGACCUGGUUCAACGUGCUGAUGACACCAGCAUUAUCGUAAGGUUAGCCAUCGUGCUUGCUUCGGAGGAGAAGAAUGACGAUCGCGUUCGAGCACUCCAAGAUGCCCAGAAGGACCAUCAAGAUCUUGUGAGCAAGUUUACAUCUUUCAACAUCGGACCCAAAGCGACACGAGGAUACAAAGAGAAAUUCAUGCAGGCUAUCGAAAAUGUCGCAGAGGGCAAAUUCAUCCAGACGCGGCAGGAGUUUCAAGAAGAUCCUUCCAAACUUAAGAGUCAAACUAGGUGGUUCUUUGAAGACAUUAAUGCUGUCAAACAAGGAAUGCAGAAACUUUUCCCUCGAAAGUGGAAGAUCUUCAACACGUACGUGGAUAUCUACCACAAGCAGAUGCACGACUUUCUCAUGUCUUUUGUGGAUGCCGAGGAUCUCCGACCCCCACAAAUGUUGGGCAUUGUCCACUUCAUCGAUGAUUAUUACAAGAGAAUGAACAAGCUGGGCGUCUCGCAGGCUCAGCUGAAACCACAUGUUCUGGAUUCCCGGGAAGGUGACCUUAUCCGCGACUACAGAAACAUCAUCACGAAAGCCCUCAACUCUUGGAUCGAUCGAAUGUACGUUACCGACAGAAAGAACUUCAUGGCCAAAGCGCCAGACGCCAUCGAACAGGAUCCAGACGGGCAUUUCAGAACCAAAACGCUUGGCGAUAUGUGGCGUAUGCUGCAUGAGCAAGCCGUUGCAGCAGGCGAUUCCGAGCGUGAAGAUGUUGUUGAGGGCGUUAUGAGCGCCAUGUUCGGCGCCUUGAAGUCUCGGCAGCAGCAAUGGGAGAGGCUGGUCGACGAAGAAGUGGAGCGGUACAAAAACCCAACCUCGGAACAACUUGAAACCUUGCAGCAGCUCCAAGACUGGCUUCUCGCUAUUGCCAAUGAUCAGAUUGCCUGUGUGGAUGAUGCUGCCGGCGAUGUGCUAGAUGAUCCCACCGCCCAAAAGGGAUACUUGACACGAUUCAGAGAGGACUUUGUCAAACUGCCCACUCCGCCCUCGGCAAAAUUCAUGUCUACUAAUGGAACCACGGAGCUGGACGCCCUCCGAGAUGGCUACGUAGAUCUGGCUACUCACUGCAUCAACCGAUUUGUUCAACUUAUAUUCAGGGUUGACUUCCGGACCAUCAUGACGGAGCUAUUCGUCCCAGGCAAGUGGUAUGAGCAGUCUGCAAUGCAACGGAUUACCACCACAUACGAUGACUAUAUUGGGGACUACAGCGCCGUGCUGCAUCCCUCGCUGAUUGACAUUCUGAUUGAAGAGCUUUCAGACGCCCUGCUGGUGAGCUAUCUGACAUCCAUCCGCACCAAUCGCGGCGUCAAGUUCAGGCGGGGCGAACCGUUCCCUGUAAGGUUCAGAGACGAUGUGCUCGCGGCAUUCGCAUUCUUCGAAAAAUACCCAGACACCUUCAACGAAACAAUCAAACCCAAGUGGAAAGCCGUGAACUAUACUGUCCAGCUGCUGGAAACUGACAAGAACGACGUCGUACGGGUGUACGAGCAAUUCAAGCGCGAGUUCUGGGACCUUCAACUGAGCUGGGUGGAAGGCGUCCUGAAGACUCGCGACGAUUGGGAUCGGGGCAUGAUCACCGCAGUUAAGCGAGCAGCCGCAAGCACCUACGCGGAACGUGGUAUGGACACAGUCAUGGGCAAGGUCAAGUAA